GUGAUAAUAGAAAGAAACACAUAUAUAUACUUAGACACUGUUGUUUUGUGUUUUCAAAUCACUUUUGUUUUUUCCUGAGGGUUCUCUUAAGUGCCUAUUACCUACUAUUACCACGCAUAUGCAAGACAUGCACCCUCACUCCAGUUCACCCGCUAGCGGCCAUCUUAAUGCCUCAACGUUAUUAGUGGAUCCUAGCUUGACAAUGUUGAAUGGGACGGAGCCCAGGCAUCUUCACAAUGUUAAUAUACAACUAUGGGAGUUAUCAUAUCAAUCAGCUACUGCUGUCCAAAUUGGUCAGGCCUCGCUGACCAUUCCCAUUUCUCACUUAUGCUCCCCAUCUCAACCUAUCGCUUCGCCAAAGUCAUUCGCCCAGCAGACUACCAGUAUUACUGAAACGCUAAAUGAACACACCAACCUGUAUGACUUUGCCUCAGUAUCAGAGGCUGAAGCCACUGUCUCUCAGCUCUUAAGACUCCCAAGGCAAGAGUUCUCGGGCGAUCGCGUCAACAGCCCAAGGUAUGUCAUUGGAGCUCUACCUCGAGGCCAGUUUCUAAUAUUGGACUGACAGGGGCUUCUUAUGCCCUAACUGCCGCUCCUACACCAGCAAUCGUUCCUACAAUGUGAAACGGCACCAAAAAGCAUGCCGAAAGAAAGAAAGAAAAAAACUAAAGUGGCGCCGCAAAGGAGAAAGAAAGAAGAAAGAUCACAGAUGCUUAAAUUGACAUUGUGGUGGAAGGACAGCGAGUGGUUGAAGCCUGAACUAUUGACUUGGGGACAAGCAGGAAGGAAAUGUGAAAAUAAAGGGUAAAGCACAAGACGAAAAGACGAUUGUCGGAUGACUAAAUAUGGAUUGUAACAUAGUUGUAAACCAAAUGGAGUUCGACUGGUUACGGUGGGAGAGCCGGCAAUGCUUAAGUAUAAUAUAGAUAAGAGGCAGGUACUCAAUGAAUGACAUUAUAUUGAG